GUGAUUACGUGUAGCUCUCCAACUAGCAGCAGCUAGCCUGUCAGAGACAGCAUUAGCAAGUCCAUAUCGACAGCAACAGCAUUACUAUUCUUUGAGGAUAUACGGAAAAAGGCGAACCUACAGCCACUGAGCAUUUGGAGACACCAUGGACCAAUACUUUAUCGAAGUUAAUAUGCUGUAGCAGAAUGGAGUUACCAGACCAAACUUGUUUUGAAGGGUACUGCAUAAGGACACGGCUCUGUUUCAGCCCUCACAACAAAACUCCAUGCAUCGUGUGAAAUCACUUACUCUCCAGAAAGUGCAAAUUGCCCUCAGAAAGAGACACUUAAAGGACAGGCAUGUUUGCCAAGUUGAAGAAGAAGAUCGCAGAGGAGGCUGCCACAGCACCUCGCAGUGGUGUUCGAAUACCGCGAACCAUCAGCAAGGAAUCCAUCACCUCAGUGGGGGCAGACUCAGGGGAUGACUUUGCAUCAGAUGGCAGCAGCUCCAGGGAUGACCUUCCCGCACAGCUUCUCAGAAGGAAUGAUCAGAUCCGGAAGCUGGAGGCCAAGCUAUCAGACUACGCUGAGCAGCUACGAAUUAUGCAGAAGACGAAGGAGAAGCUUGAAAUUGCAUUAGAAAAGCAUCAGGAUUCAUCUAUAAAGAAACUUCAAGAGCAGAAUGAGUCUCACCAGGCCAGCCGAGCGAAAAUGGCUGAGGGGAUGGCUUUAGCACUGGAAAAGAAGGAUCAGGAAUGGAUGGAGAAGAUGACUGAUAUAGAAAAGGAGAGGGAUUCCCUGUCAGCUCGGCUAGAGGAGAUGAUGGAGCAAAGCUUAGCACUCUUCCAGAAAAGGGAUGACCUGGAUGAACUGGAGGGCUUUCAGCAGCAGGAGCUGGCUAAAGUUAAACACAUGUUGCUGAAGAGGGAGGAGCAGCUGGGCCAGCGCGAUCAGGAGCUCCAGCAAAAGGAGGCUGAAGUUCAGUCGGCAAAGCAAGGACUGUCUGAGGCUCGAGGGAAAUUCCAUAUUCUGAAACAGCAGCAUGAGGAGAGCUGCAGACUCAACUCUGAGCUGGAAAUAGAGCGAGAGGAGCUGCUGUUGCUCAGAGAGGAGGCAGACAAGAAGAUCAGUGAGCUGGAUGGACGAUGCCAGGAGCUGCAGUCAGUCAUCCAGCAGGUCUCUGAAGAUUUCCAGAAGUCACAGAGUAUGGUGUCGACCUUAGAGAGGUCCCUCCAGGAAUUACAGACUGAACAUGACGCCCUGAAAUUACAACAACAAAAGGCUGCUGUAACAGAGGAGGACAAGGAGCGCUUGUUAGUGGACCUUCAGAAGAAAGUGACAUCUCUGGAGAGAUGGUUGCAGAGUAACCUGAGCCAGGAUGAACAUCUGCAGGAGCUCCUCCACGAGAAGUCUAGCCUGGAGCAAAAUUUGGAGGAGACCAGAGCAGAGCUGCUGCUGGUUAGGACAAACCAUGCGGAUACUGUCAGCUCUCUGGAGACACAGGUAUCCAGAAUGAGCUGCAGCAUUACUGAGCUGCAGACCCUUCUACGACACAAAGACGACUCCUCCAGAGCCUACAGAGAGAGAACAGACUCACAAAUAGCUAAUUUGGAGCAGCAAAUCCUUGAGAGUAGUGAGAGACUGAAGAGUGCAGAGCAUCAGAUCAUAGAGAAACAGCAUCACAUGGAUAAACUGCAAGGAGAGUGGAGUGCAGAAAAGGCCUUUCUGGAUCAGCAAGUGUGUUUGUUACAGCAGCAGAGUCAAGAGAAGGUCAGCUGCCUGGAGGAAACCAUUACCUCUUUACAGACAGAAAAACAGACACUGCAGGAUGCAGUGGCUGAUCUGGACAGGCAGAGGCGCGAGGUAAACUCCACUCUGAGCCAGUGGACAGAGGAGCUGGAACAGUGCAGGGCAGAACUGAACAGUCGGCAGACAGUGAGCACGGAGAUUGCCAAAGCUCUAGAAGAAACCAGACGACAGAAGGAGGAGCUGCAAACACAGGUUGGAGAGCUGACCACAUCUCUACAGACCUCACAGGAGGAGCUGUCCAAUGUCACUGAAAAGUUAGCACUGAAAGAAGAAGACAUCAAAACACUCCAGAAUGAGGUGCAGCAACGGCAGGCAUCGCUGGUCCAGCUGCAGGAGGAGGUACAGCAACAGCAAGCCCAACUCGAACAGAUGGAACUGGACAAAGACUCCCAGCUGAGCAGCCUGAGGGAGGAGCUGCUCAACCAAACACAGCAGCUGGAUAGCUGCCAGGCACGGAUCUCAUACCUGGAGGUUGAGGUGGAAACCUUGACAGAGCAGCUUCACAGCCCUGAAGUGUGUGAGGAGGAUCAGAACGGCAGUGUGACAGUGGAUGAUCUGGAUCACAUUCAGAAGGUCAACAGAGAGCUGGAGCAGCAGCUCAGUGACAAGAACAGGACCAUCAAGCAGCUGCAGCAGAGACUGGCAGAACUAAAGAGGACUCUGCAGAAGGAACUGAAGCUAAAGUCUGAGCCAGAAGCUGAAGGGAAGGAGAAGGUUCCAGAAAACCGAACAGAAAAACAAGAGAAGGUUUGUCCGGACCCCCCACCUGCAUCCAUGCAGAGCCCCCCCACCUCCAACACCACAGUAACCAACACCUCAGACCUCAACGACUCAAGAGAAAUCAACUUUGAGUAUCUCAAACACGUUGUGCUCAAAUUUAUGUCAUCCAGAGAGGCUGAGGCAUACCAGCUAAUACGAGCUGUAUCUGUGCUGCUGAAUUUCACUCGUGAGGAAGAGGACAUGUUGAAACAAACUCUGGAGUACAAGAUGUCCUGGUUUGGAUCCAAGCCUUCUCCAAAGGGUGCCAUCCGCCCUUCAGUCUCAGGCACCUCGACUCACUGGAGUUGAUGAGCAGCAGAAAGAGUUAAAGCAAUGGAACCAAUGGUCCACCUCCAGGAGGAAGAAGUCCUUCCGCUGUGGCUCCCAUCAUUGAGGAGAACUCUAGCUUUAAACCUUGAACAGCCUUCCACAGUUUUCUCUGGCUCUGUGUGGGAAGGACUGUAGUUUUCUGCUCUGUUGGGACAGAGAAGGGCUGCACAGUAUGUUCAUAAUCAGCUGCUGAUUUUUAAAUGACAUUAUUUCCUUGUCAGCAGGCAGAUGGUAGGCAGACCAUAUGUUAUACAGGGCAAACUGAAACACAUCAUCACACUUGAGGUAAUGUCUCAUUUUUCCUUCCUGACACAACACAGAUUUGAUGUUUUCUAUUUUGUGAAAACAGUAGGAGGUGAGUGAACAUGUCAGAAAAUGAGACACAUCAGAGAGAAAUAACAGACUGACCUGACUGUUGUCUUAGGAGCUGCCUCAUCUCUACCCAAAUUCAAACCACACAAGUCCUAUUUGUUUUUGUGGGAACAAAAACAAUGUAACUUGGUGUGCCUGUCUUCACUGGACAGAUAGUGCAGCCUUUGUUUGCUGAAGGAUCUUUUAGCCUGUCACUUGGUUAAUCUUUUAUUUGAAAUCUCAGAGGUCAUUUAAUGAUCACUACAGGUUACCGAAGCUGAACUGGCUUCACUAUCAGUAUCAGCGAGAGUUUAGUUAACAGUACCUACCAGGUGGACAUAAAUUGUUGAUAUUUGUGUCAAAGGAUCUAAAUUUGUCUACAUGUACAGUUUGAGGCCCUUUUUCUGAGUUUGUCCUUAAAAAUGUCAUCACCCAUUUUCUUUAAUGGUACAGCAGUAAAUGAGUUUCCUCUGUGUUCUAAUGGCCAAAGAAUGCACAUAGUAUAAGACUACUUUAUAAAGCUCCUUGAACGAUCAGGGAAUCCAGGCUGGAUUUCUGUCCCCCAAAGUCCAAAAUGUCCUUAAGAAAUGAGAAUGCUGACAUUUUAUCCUUUGUGAUGGGUGAUUUUUGAUUAGUCAUGAUGAACUGUGUUGCAUUUUAAAUCCAAAUUAAGUUCAGUGUGGAUCUUUUAUUGGAACUUCCUUGCUAUCAUUUCUUGUUAAAAUGACAUUUUCAUCACAUUUCUUUACACACCAUCACUGAAAUCACCACCAUGAUGGUCUGAGCUAAAGCCCAACUGGUACUAAUUUUUUAAGGUCAAUACUAGUGUUACUGCAUAGUAAAUACAUAAAAAAAAUAUCUAUUAACAAAAUGUCGGCAUAUACAUAUAUAUAUAUAUAUAUAUAUGUAUAGAUAGAUAUAUGUGUGUGUGUAUGUAUAUAUAUAUAUAUAUAUAUAUAUAUAUAUAGUCACAUACAAAUAAACAUUUUUGAUAAAAGCUUACUUGACCCACAAAAUGAUAAUUUGUUUAUCAGUUACUCACCGUGCGUUACCUUGGAUUUGCGGAAAUUACUUUAUUUUUCUCAUUAGCCUCCACGGUGAACAGAGAAUCCAAAAAAGAACAUUCUUCAUAAACUGAAGUCAUUGGGGACCAUAUUUAACAAUAACCAAACUAUAUCAAAACAUCAGUUUACAAGUUCACACAACUCAUGCAGUAUAAGUCUAAUUUUUCAGUUGUGUGCCCAGUACUUCUUAAACACAUGCGUUUUCACAAAAAAUGUUAAAAUAAAAAAUGCUUUCUGCCUAUGAGGAGCGUGCCCUGAGCGUGCCUGGGCACACUCACGCAUAUUGAGCUUUUCUUGAGCAGGGAUCAAAUGCAUGCAUGUGCCCAGGCAUGUUUACCGGCCAUGCAUGAGACUGUACUGAUGUGUUUUAAAUAGUUUGAGCAAAGAUACAUGUGUUUGAGCGUAUGAGUGGAUAAAUGAGACUGUUAGAGAUUAUACUGAACGAGUAGUGUGAGAGUUUGUGAACAGAUGUUUGAUACUGUUUUGUUGUUAAAGCAUUUACUUCAAUUCAUAAAGAAUGUUCCCCUUUUUUGGAUUCUCUGUCUACCAUGAAGGCAUGCAAGAUGAAUUUUUCUUCUCAAAUUUAGGGAAGCACGGGGUGAGUAACUGAUAUACAAAUGGUCAUUUUGCAAGUAAAGUUUUCUUCUAAUAAGGAUCCUUUAAAUUUGGUUAAUAAAGAAUUGGGACCAAGGAACAUAUUAGGGACAUACUGUAUAUCAGUGCUCUCUGUAUGUAAUGGUGGCCUGUCCGCUAACAUACAAUAUAUACUGAAAUCGGCUGGACAGUAGUUCAACAGCUCAUUUAAAUGGGUAUCAAAGCCUAACUGCUUGGCCAUUGGACUGUUAUUACUAUGGGUUGAGCCUCCCAGCAGACCUUGCUCUCUAAUCCUUCUGUUACCUGGAUAGGUAGACCCAAAUGUAACCAUGCCCCUAACCUAAACCACCUAUAAGUUAAAAAACAUUUGACAAGUAGAGCCUGUUGUGGGAUCGUAUAUACAAUGCUGUGAAGUGCUGCAUUGGAGGCUCAGGUCAGGGUAAAAAACAAAAAGUCUCUUUUCUCAAUUGCUGCUACUGGAGGAACAAAAAUGGCUACCACAGCUGAUGCAAUCUGUAUGCACAGAUGGUGCUUAAGCACCAAUCUGAAUGAUUUAGCCUGCAGUUGUCCAUUUGGAUAAUAUAUGUGAUAAAAUAAGUGAAUGCUAUGUAAAUGAUAACUGGAGGACAUGCUCUACCUUUAUCUGCCUUUGCUAAUGUAAAUGAAAGUACAUUCCACGUGUCUAUUUAUAUAUAGAAAUCUGUACAUACUGUAUGCAUUGAGAACUUUACAAAUCAGUGGAUAUAAAUGGUUUGAUGUGAACGGUUUGCAGUAUUUAUCAUCAUCAUCAUCAUCAUCAUCAUCAUCAUCAUCAUAGAACAGAACCCGUAUGUGUUUCUGCCUCGGGUUGUCACUGAGUCCCACUGCCCAUCACUAUCCCUCUUCCUCAGUGUGAUGUCACUCACUGACUGAACAUGAUGAGGUUUAUUUUUUACAUCAGAUGGAAGCCCAGGGAAAUUGCAUGUUUGCUGUUAAACCGCAUUGUUGAGUCCCUAAAGCAGCCUGGUCGGUCUUUUACAGUUCUCUUCAUUUCUAAAGGCAUUUGUAUUUAUUCAUUCCACUAAUAUGAAGUAGAAAUCCAUGGGGCUGCUGUCUGCAUAAGAUUAUAAAUCACAGGAAACUGUAUUUAAGGUGUGAUUGUUGUUUUACUGACAUUUGAAGUUGUAACUGCUGAGUACAUUAUCUGUAUAUAGGGAUGCAGGAGUACAUUUUUAAAUGCAGAGCUGUCAUCAUGUGUUACGAAUGACAGGUAGCAGACUGAUGUAGUCACCCACAUUCUGCUGGGUAAUAUAUCUAUCUCCAUGAGAAUCAAAAGAAACAAUGAACGCACUUUUUAACCUGAUUAAUUUUGCUGUGUUAAACCCUGACAUACAGCUGUACAAUCACUACAGCUUUUCUGUCUUUUGCUUUUUAUGAUUUAACAACUGCUGCCACUACACAGAUUUCCUUUUCCCACAUUUAUUAAUAAUAAAUCUGAAAUGGUUAAAUCAUG